AUGUACCGCGUGGCAAGGGACUACCCGCAGGUCAAGACACGCGCUGACUGGACCUGGUACCUGACGCAAGCGUACAACACGGUGACGCACUGCAUGAAGAACGGCGCGGCGGACUGCGACUACGGGUUGACUGGGUUGAUGGGCGAGACGGUGUUUGCGGAGCUGCUCGAGGACCUCAAGAGGGAGAACAUGACGCAGGAGGCCACUACCUUUGAAGCCAACAUGCGCUUCCGCGCCGAGUUCUGGGAGACGCUGGCUGUUCCCUUUGGCAGCGAGAUGGCGUGGGAUAGUACUGGCCAGGAAGGCGUCUACUAUUGGACCGAGUACUUUGGCCACAACAACACCGCCAUCAAAGCAAUCAACAGCAUCAGAGCCUACAUGCCCACCGUAGCCCACUGGGGCUGGAACGGCAACGCCCGCCGCUACUGGGACUUCCUCUACGGCGCCAAGAACCAGGGCAUCGAGCGCCAGCUCCACCACUACGGCUCCGGCCUCAACUCGCUCCCGAUGCUGCACCACUUCGAGCGCAACCCGUCCGACGUCGACGCCCUUCGCGUCGCCUUCGCCGGCAACACGGCGCCCCUGACGAACAUUGACGCCGAGGGCUGCCCCUCGGCGGCGUUCCACUCGUUCCCGGAGCAUUUGGCGUGGGACCCGUAUACCGGCGACUACGGUCUCGGGUUCUUGGGUUUGGGUCUCGGCCAGGGCGUGUAUAUCGUAAACCACGCGACGUACGGCGAGGUCGUGUUUGGCGGCAACGUCGUUUCGUCGACUGAGACUUCUGUGGUUGCUGAGCCUAGGGACGCGGUGCGAAGGCGGGUGUUUGUUGCGGAUCUGGGGUUGAAGGUUGAUCUCAGCGCCGGUGCGAUUCAGACUGUUACUUAUGACCGCGAGGGCCAGACUGUGAAGUUGAGUGUUGGCGCUGCGGCAUCUGAGGCGGCGCUCAAGGCCAACUCGACUAUUGUAUGGCUUGAGACGACGUCGGGCGAUGCCAAAUUUACGGUGUCUGGGGCGAGCGUUGCCAGAGGAGGAUAUCUCGUCGACUUGUCUGGCGGACAGACUGAGGUCACCAUCUCCAAGGCGUAA